AUGAACACGCUCCCGCUUGCUCGGAUAUCCUUCGAUGACGAUGAUAGACCUUCAGGCUUGAAAUUGGAUCGCACCGGAUAUACACGAAAAGGCAGCAUUGGAGGAUCAGCCCAUCACACAUCACCUGUGUCCCGAUUUGCCAAACCACCUGCUUGGGAUCCCAUUCCGCGUAGUUCAUUUGAGAGCGAGACCACCGUAGAUCGAUAUGGAUUGUCGCGUGCAUUACCAACAGCGAGCACAAGCAGUGGCAGCAACCAUAGCAGCGACUAUAGUGGCGGGGGACCUUACGCACGUGCCAGCAACAACAGAUCACCCUCCAUUCCUGCAAGAUCACCUCAUCGUAUACGAGACUCGCAACAAUCCACAGUAUCCAGUCAUCGUCCAACGCCUUCAUCCAUGUCUGUCAAAUCACCCGUUAUGGAACAGCAUCAUCCCGUUGACAACAACCCUAUUCCGCAACAAACAAGGAACAAUGCUCGAUUAUCUGUUCAGGUGGCACAAUUAUGGAAGAACAAACCUGUUGCAAUCAAGGAAACCAUCAACGAGGAUGAUACCAGGAAUGAGGAUCCAAUGGAAGGAUUGUUGAAGCAAGUACUGGUAUCUCAAGCUCUGGUGGAUGCACAAGAGUACAAUAUGCUUAGCUUUGAACAGGUGGAACGACUUCGAAAGCGGCAAACUAUUCUGCAGGAUCAGAUAGCCCAUAUGCGUACUAGCCUGGCAGUGGCAAAGCGAGUAGCCAACGCGACGCAUUCAUUACUACAUCUGGAAGCAGUGAAAGAUCCACGAGGACAUCAUGAUCAAUCCAAGACGUAUAAAGAAGCCGUGGAAGCAACCAGGAGGACCGAAUCCAUUGCAGCUGAACUUAUUUCAUUGGUUGAAGAGGAAGCUGAAAUCCAUCGUCAAAUCAUGCAACACACUGCAAGUGCAUUACGCUUGGAAGCAUCUAAACCAUCACCAUCACCACAACAACACCAACCUGCUACUAGUAUGCUGUCACCUCCUAUGUCAUCUACUUCUUCAUCACCACCACCAUCAUCAACCAUGCUUGUGGAUGAGCACAGCCGACAAGAAUUGGAACAGUUGACAACAGCGCUGGACGCCUUUGUACGUCGACAUCAGCUUGUUACGGGUAGCGAACCCGCUUAUUUACAACGCAGCGAUUCUGGAUAUGGUAGUCAUAGCGAAUGGUCCACGCUGUUGGCAUCCAUGGAAACCGAAUUUAGCAGCUACAAGGCCAAAGUGGAACGUUUGGAGCGACAACUCGAGUCGAGCGAAGAGAAAUUACGUUUGGAGGCUGCAUCAACCAAAAAGUAUGAGGUGCAAUUGAGAAUGGCACAAGACAAACGUGAAGCUGCUGAAGCACGAUGUAAAGAAUUGGAAGAGAGCCGUCAACAAAGUAGUAUCGAUUUCUUGGGCAACAUGUCGUCAUCAUCAUCAUCAUCUCAGGACAAAGAACGUAUCAGCCAAUUGGAAGAGGAACUUCACGAAGCUCGAUCACGUGAAGACGAAUUACAGAAACGUGUAUCGACUAUGCAAGGAACAUUGGCAGAUCUUGAAGUACGAUGCACCAAGGCUGAGUCUGAAGCUGGAGCUCUUGAAUCUCGAGAACGAGCAGCAAGUGAAGCAUUAACCCAAUGCCAAUCCGAUUUAUCCGCUUUACGUGCUGAGAAACAACGAUGGGAGCGUGCCCUUAAGCGUGAAUCGGUUAUGCAGCUCAUGGAAGGUGGCAGCGAGAGUUACCGUGCCAAGUAUGAGCAACAAGUGGAAGAGCAACGACAGGAAUAUGAAGCUCAAUUACAAGAGCAACAUGCCUUGUUGGACAAGACGACGCGCGUAAAAGAGCAGCUUGAAGCCGAUUAUGAAAAGAUGACGAGUGUAUGCAAGGAUCUCGAGGAUCUCAUUCGUGACAAGAAUCGUACGGUGGAUGCACGUGAUUUACGAAUCAAUCAGCUGGAACAGGAUAUAGCUGAAUUGCGCUCUCAUCAACAACAAGCACGCAACGGUGGUGGUGGUGGUAAUAUCCAAAAGAUUGAGGAAUUACAACGGGCCUUCACAGCACGUGAACAAGCAUGGUUGGCUCAAAGUGCAUCGAUGGAAACCGAUUUUGAAGGCAUCAUGAAGGAAUUUGAUCGACUGACAACAACGGCCAUGGAGUUUGAGACGGAUCGUAUGAAAUACGAGCAACGUAUUGAAGAGCUUACGCGACGUAUGCAGCAGCUGGAGGCUGAGUUGACUGAAGAACGUAUCAGCAAAUUGGGUCUCGAUACCAGUGAAGGACCUACCACUGCUUCCUUGCGCAAAGAAUUCCGUAAACUCGUCAGCGAUCUCAAAGCCGACCAUCAACGUAUCCUCGAUCGGGAAACAAGCGAAAGGAAAUCUGUUGAAAGCAAGUUACGUGAUAUGAAACACGAACGUGAAAUGGCACGCUACGAACGUGUCAACAAAGGUGUACAAACUCAUUUCAUUGCCGAUAUCUAG